UUUAACUAAUUAAUUAAUAUUUAUUAAAUUAAAUAUUCAGUAAGUGGUAUGUAUACGCGUAUAAAUUAUAGUACAUAGUACAUACAUUUUGUAACUGUCUCCGGACAGUUAAUUGAUUAUCAUUUUUCAGGGCGGCAGUUAUGGCCCCCGUUUAUCUCCUUCUCCCUGUGAUUGCACCGUAUGAAAAUAGCAGCAGUUUUGUGUUAUGUAAUCGUGUGGCUUUUGUUCCCCUCUCAUCAUAUCUUCUCGGUUGUUUUCUCCUCCACGAAUUAGCUAUGACAUCGCAAGAGGAUGCAUCAGGUUCGCAGUUUGUUCCACACGUUGAGAGUUCUGAAUCUGAAAAAUCAUCUCAUGUAUCUCAUAAUGAAAGUUCCGAAUCAGAUGAUGAUUCAGAAGAGGAUGUUGAGCAACAUAUUAAUUCAGAAGAGUUUGACGCUGUGUGUCAUGUUGCUCCAAGCGGGGAAAAAUUCUGGACUCCUAAAUGUGAUGAUAGUAAGAGACCUCGAGUUAAUCAACACUUCCCUACAAUAGAAGAUGCAUUUUUAUUUUAUAAGGAGUAUGGGCGCAGCUGUGGUUUUGAUGUUCGUAAAUCAUCGAAAAAACCUAAUAGUCGUGGCAAUUUGUAUGCUAAACAUAUUCAAUGCAGUCAUGGCGGUGGGCCUGGUAAAAAGUCAGUGAUGGUUUUUGACGAUGCUGGUGUUGAGGGAUCACGUAGGAGGACAACAUCACAAAGAUGUUAUUGCAAAGCAAAAAUAAUUAUGAAGCCAGCUGGUGUUAGAGGCUUCGUGAUAAUGAGUUUUGUCGAAGAACAUAAUCAUCCAUUCGCAUAUGGACCUGCUAGAAUGUUUCUACGAUGUAAUAGAAAUUUGUCUAUUUCAUACCAGAAUUUCAUAAUGGAUUGUUCUAGAGCUAAAAUCGGCGCAACACGAGCGCACAGUUUAAUGAAAGAGAUGAUGGGAUCAUACCAAGAUAUCGGUGCCACUACUGCUGAUUUCAAGAAUUUUGCAAGGGAUGUAAAAGUUCGUAUUGGAGACCAUGACACGGACAUGCUUUUAGGCAAAUUCAAGGACAUGAAAGAGUCACCUAAAAAAACUUUUUACUAUGAUUACAAAGUAGAUCGGAAGGGGCAUCUUACUGGUCUUUUCUGGACCGACGCAAUUGGCCAAGCUAAUUAUGAUGUAUUUGGUGACAUAGUAUCUUUUGACCCUACGUUUCGCACUAACAAGUACAACAUGGUGUUUGUACCAUUUACAGGAGUCAAUAACCAUUGGAAGAAUGUUACAUUUGCUGCCGGUCUUUUAGCCAAAGAAAAUUAUAAAAACUUCAAAUGGCUUAUUCUAACAUUCAAGAAAGCAAUGGGUCGAGCUCCAUCAUGCGUUAUUACAGACCAAUGUCCAGCCAUUAAGAAAGCAUUGGAUAAAUGGUGGGAUUCUACAAAACAUCGUUUUUGUAUGUGGCAUAUAAUGAAUAAGUUGCCAUUGAAGGUUGGCCCUAAACUCGCUUCCAACAAAAAGUUUGUUAAUAAGUUGAAAGCAGCUGUUUAUUCUGACCACCUUAGUCCAACUGAAUUUGAGGAAUCUUGGAAAGCUGUCAUCGCUGAAUUUAAGCUAGAGUCUAAUACCUGGUUGACUGAAAUGUAUGACAUGCGGUCUGAAUGGAUUCCCGCAUUUUUUUCUGAUAUUGAAAUGGCAGGGUUACUCAGAACUACUUCAAGAUCCGAAAGUUCUAAUUUCUUUUUUCAAAACUUCCAUGAAAGUGGCGACACGCUAGUUGAGUUUUACUCUAGUUUUGAAAGUGCAAUGGAUAAGCAGCGUAUGAGAAAUGCGGAAGACGAGAGGAGAUCUCAUAAAAUUUCUUUGCUUGACACAACAAUGAGCAUCGAGGUUGAUGCAUCUAAAUUGUACACACUGGAACUUUUCUAUUUGGUGCGAGAGGAGAUUAAAUCAGGAUGUUGUCACACUAUUAUGGAUGAGAUGACUCGUGACGAUGAUUCUUCUAAAUUCAGAUUUAAAGAUGAACUACUGAACGACCAUGUUUUUGAGGUUUCUGUCAGGCAUAGUGAUAAUUAUGUGACUUGCAGCUGCAAUUUUUUCUUCCAAAAGGGUUAUUUAUGCAGGCAUGCUUUCGCGGCACUUCACCAAUGUCGCGUCAAGGAGAUUCCUCGCGUGUUUGUUAAGCCAAGAUGGACGAAAGAUGCUAUAAAAAAUCACUCCUUCCUUGCCUCUGCAGAAGUAAGCUCUGUACGUGAUAGCCAUAAAAGGAUGAAGCUUAAGCGGACAAGGGCCUGGUUUGAAUUCAAUAAUUACAUGAAUCAAGUUGGCGAAGACGAGGACAAGCUUGAUUUGGUUCUCAACGGUUUGCACUCAAUUAACUCUAUCCUGAAUGAAAAGGAUGGGCCUCCUGUUGAAACACUAAACUCCCACAGAGCAGAUAAAUUCAUUGGCCAUGUCCCCGAAUCUGAAGUCUCGGUUUUGAAUCCUAAUGUAAGUAGGAACAAAGGUUGCGGAAGCCGUAUAAAGAGUAGCCGUGAAAUUUCAAUGGGUUCACAAAAGAAAAGGAGGUGUAGCAACUGCAAUAGACUGGAGAGCCACAAUGCGCGUACUUGUCCUGAGCCAAAAAAAACAUCGGUGACACAGAACAUUGAGUGAAGAAGAUGUUACAUUUCUUACUACGUCUUGAACCAUUAUGCAAGUUUAGACUUUUAGUCUUUCAUUCCAUGUUUAUUGUAUCUUCUGAACACAACUAGUUAUCCAAAUCAACUGAUCAUUAUUUGGAUUCUGUACUUGGUAGAUACAUAAUUCAUUAUCCCUUGUUUUGGCUC